ACUGCAAGAAAACAUGGAUUAUUCCACAUAAAAAAUGGCGCAGGUAAAAAUAAAUGGUGUUAACUGAAGGAAAGGUACCGCUGCCCAGACAGUCGUGGAAGACCUGCGUGUCUGGAGACUGUUGAGUGGUUUUUCCAGCUUAGUUAACAUGAAGAUGGAGGACUAUGAAAUAUUCUGUAAGAAGCAUCUUUCCAGAAUCCAAGAAGAGGCAAUAAAAAGAGAAACCUCUUUCACUGCUCAGCACAAAAAUAUCUCCCUCAUUCAAUUCCGUGGAGUUCCUGUGCUUUCCCCUCUGCUUAGCCUGGAAAAGAAAAAGGAAAUACAGCAAUAUAAACAGAAAGCACUGGACCUAGAGGCCUGGAGACAGAACUCCCGGAAAAGAGCUUUAUUGAAUCGUGUACAGGAGAUUCUAGAAAAUGUUCAGAUCAGGAGAGGACCUAGCGUGAGUGAUGUGAACGCACGGGAGGCUGAGAAUACUUGCCUUGAUUCAGAUUCAAAAGCUUCAACUGACUGCACAGCUCUAUCAGAUGUCAAUUUGGCGUGUUCUCCUGAAAGGCAUGGUUCCACAGAGCUUGAAAAGACACCAGAACUUAGGCCGUCAGAUACUACUGGGCAGGUGACAUCCAGUGUGACAGAAGUAGUUAAAGCAGCAGAAGAAAAUGUUUUUUCAAAGCAAAGUGAGAGCUGCUUCUCAAAAGACAUACCUUGUCCAAGGGCUGCGACUCCUGACAACAUGCAUAAUAAGCUUGCGUCACAUGCUUUGCAAAAGCAAGAGGGACUAGGAGGGUUGCCGUCAGACGAGGAAGUCCAAGAUCCAUACGUAAUGAGUCUUCAGAACCUGAUGAAGAAGUCUAGGGAGUGCAUAGAGAAAGAGCAAACCAAGCGUAGCUCAAAAAGUAAUUCAAAGAGGAGCAUGAGUGAAAGUCAUUCAGAUAAAGAAAAUGAUGGCAUUAAAACAACUGACUCUGUGAAAGAAAGAGCAAAGCUUACAGGCAGAAGUUGCACUGCUCUGACACUUGAUAAACCCAGUCUUAAUAAAUCAAAUACCCUUCUCCAAGGUGCCUCUACUCGUACAAAUAACACAAGUAUGUCCACUUUAUCCAGUUUUUCUAAAGUGGACAUACCUAUGAGAGUUGGAACACCCCCACUGGUGGAUUCGGAUUCAGAUGAAGAAUUUAAAAAGACUUCUAUCUUUGAUCAUGACAGUAGCAUUGUCAGGAGCCUCACAGGCUCUUACGCCAAAUUGCCGAGCCCAGAGCCAAGCAUGAGCCCUAAAAUGCAUCGAAGGCGCCCAAGACCUUUAUCAAUGGGACACAUCGUUAUAAAUAACCCUGUGAAUGCUUACGAGUUAAGUCCUAAAGGCAAGGGUAGAGCGAUGGAUUUAAUCAUGCAAGAUAUUGCAGAUAAAAAUAACGUGUCUGAAUCAGUGCCAAAGUUCAUGGUGGACUUCACUAUGGUUUGCCCUAGCAGAGUUUCUGGUGUCAACAGGAAUUCUUCAGGCCCUUGUGAUGGGUUGGGGGCUGGCAAACCAAAUCGCCAUUCCUUUGGGCACUUGGAAAGCAAAGGAACGUUGUCAGCUACAGUGGAAGGACAGGUAGUGAUGGACAGCAGAGGGCCAUAUAAAGUAGAGACUAGUACUAAUAUUGUAGCUCCAAAAUUGAAUGAGCCAUUUGCCAUUAGUCAGUCUACUGUAACACAGAAGCUCCUAGCUGUGAAUGAAACCAAACCAUCUAGUUUGCUAGAAAAUACUAAAUGCAAUUCUCCUGUAGAACUCAAUAAAUCUUACGACGUAGAAAACCCAUCCCCACUACUAAUGCAGAGCAAGAAUAUGCAACAGCAGAUGGACACUCCAAGCGUUUCCCCAGCAAAUGAGCAGUUUCUAGAAAAUAGUUUUGAAAAGGUAAAACGUAGACUUGAUUUGGACACUGACAACUGCCAAAAAGAAAACAGUUCCUGUGUUCUAACAGUUGGAAUGGAAGAACAAGGGAAGCAGUGGUUGCAAGAACAGAAAUAUCCUGUGGGAUCAGUUUACAUUACCAAGAAUGCAGCCCCUGAUAGUAUGGCAAAAGAAGACAUUUUAAAAACUAAAAUGCUGGCCUUUGAAGAAAUGAGGAAGAGACUUGAAGAACAGCAUGCACAACAACUGUCGAUUCUGAUAGCUGAACAAGAGAGAGAACAGGAGAAAUUGCAGAAGGAACUGGAAGAGCAGGAGAGAAAGUUGAAAGGAAAGAAGGUUGCUACAACGGAAAUAGAAAUUUCCAAAGUGAAUAUUAACAGCAGGAUGGAGUUAGAGUGGAGGAAAAAAAGUGAAAGUGGCUUGCUGGAAAGUGUGCAGUCUCAGCUGGAGACAGUCCAUAAUGCAAACUCUACCAGCAUUGGUUUUGCUCAUACUACAACACCUAACACCUUUGCUUCAACAAGUGAAACUUCAUUCUUUCUCUGGGGACCAUCAGGUAGUGGAGUUAUAAAAACCUCAGUAUCUAGGCCGAGUAACAGGAUCAAAACUAGGUGGACUCAGGUUUUCAGUCCAGAGAUACAAAUGAAGUUUGAUAAGAUCACUGCUGUGGCAAAGGGGUUUCUCACUCGUAGACUCCUGCAGACAGAAAAACUGAAACAUCUUAAGCAAACUGUAAAAGAUACUAUGGAGUUCAUAAAAAAUUUUCAGUCUGAAGCUCCAUUAAAAAGAGGAAAUGUUUCAGCACAAGAUGCAUCCCUUCAUGAAAGAGUAAUGGCUCAGCUGCGAGCUGCUCUGUAUGACAUCCAUGACAUCUUUUUUACAAUGGAGGCAUCAGAAAGAAUGAAUAUUCUGCGUCAUGAUCGUGAAGUUCGUAAAGAGAAGAUGCUCAGGCAAAUGGAUAAAGUAAAGAGCCCAAGAGAGAGAGCGACACUUUCAACAGCUACGCAGAAAUCUCUGGACAGGAAAAAGUACAUGAAGGCUUCAGAAAUGGGAAUGCCGAGUAAAAAAAUAAUCAUAAAACAAAAAACUCCUGAAAGCCGCGUACUUCAACCAAAUCAAGGACAGAAUGCCCCAGUUCAUAGACUGCUUUGCAGACAAGGAACCCCUAAGACCUCAAUGAAGGGGGUUGAGCAAAAUAGAAAGAAGGCCUCAGAGAGCAGAGUGUCUAACAAGGCUGUUUCAGGAGCAUAUGCAGGAAGAACCCAAAGAAAGAAGCCAAAUGUUGUGACAAUUUAAGAAGACAACACUCACUGGGAUAAAAUGGCUAUUUUUUUUAAUUAUGGCAUUCUCAGCACUGAAUCAAAUAUUGCAUCUUCUAUACGUAUAUGUAUAUUUAGAAAUGAUAAACAUACUUUGUCAUUUCCAGACGAUGACACAUUAAUAACAAUCAUAUUGAAGUAAUAAAGGGCUGUGAAGCUCUAAUACUUGUGGAAAAAUUGCAUGUUAAAACUUAUUAUAUAUUCAUACUUCUGUGUACACAUAAGAUUCAUAAUCUUGUUUAUUUAAAGACCACCAUAGGGCAACAUUUAAAUUAAUUUGUGACUUUUUCACACUCUCUAAUUCUUGUGUCUGACAUAUGCUUUUUGCAUUACUUAAAAUUGCAAUUUCUGUGUAUGAUUGCCACCAUAAGUUGUGUGUAUGUAUUUUUAGUUUCAUACCAUAAAGUUAAAGCAGUUAAAUAAGAAAAAAAAAAAAUUAAUUAAAAAACCCCUGAGCUCUUACAUCAGUGAAUUUGUCAGCAGUCUUUUUGAAUGUACUUUCUGUACAAAUUGCGUACUUGGAAAACGGCAAAACCACCGCCUAAACACUUUGAGGAAUGACACUGCUGGGUGGCUCUUUACAGUGGUGUUUAUUUGAAAGCUUGGCGGGGGGGCUCCCUUAAUGGGGUAUAUUUAAGAGUUUACACCAGUGAAGGACCUGCCUCCUUCAUACAAAUGCUAUGGAUCUUUAAAAUUUCAGAUAUAAUACAGAAAAUGCCCAAGGCAAGCUUCCUGCUCACCCAGUAGGCAUCUGUUUUGGUUCCCAGCUUUCAGGAGUGGAAAUCAACUCAAGACGGGAAAAAUUUACGAUGACAAGAAUAACCUGUGUCACAGGUGACAAAAUGUGCUGUUGAUAUAUCAGUGCUAAAGAUUGAUGUUUUUAAAGGAUGUUUUAUGUGCUGUAUUUAUUAUUAGCAUAGGCGAUAUUUUGAUGUAAAAAUAGGUUUAGUUUAAGUGUUAGUAAAAACGAAUGCUUACCUUCUGUUCAGGUUUCACAUCUAAACCUCUGUUACUUUAAGCAUGCUUCCAAUAUGUGUAAUAAAACAUUGUAGCACAAGGUUUUUUUAACUUCCAUGAGGCCUUUCUCUUGACAAGUGCCAGAAUUUGUUUUUGUACUUGAUGUUUUGUAUUUAUACAUAUUUAUCUUUUUAUUUUGUGUGGAAUUGUAAUAUAUUAUAAAAGUGUAUUUAUUUUUGUACUUUAUUUCAUGUUCACCAGUCUUGCUUUUUACUUAAAACAUACUGCAAAAUAAACUUUAAAUCUUUAA